AUGUUUACCAAACCGUCUCGCCCGAUCUAUCCAUCUGCUCCUCAGCAGGAAGCCACUGAAGCCGGUGAAGCUGAUCCGCUUAUUCCAGCACACUCGCCAACUUAUAUUCCAAGGCCCACCAUGCCGCUCAUCAUUGAACGCAGGAUCGGAUCUCUCUCCUCUACUUAUGCAACCUUCUUUGUUUUAUUCGUCAUCUGCUACGGAAUGUCCAUCUUCACUCUCGCCGUAAACGACUUUUUACGUAUAUCCAAGGACCCGCUAUUCGGCAGUGAAAUUAGAUUUGGGCUCUUUGAAUCCUGCUUGAUCCGCACCGUCAAUGGAAACCAACUCCAGUCUUGCCACUCUUGGCCUUCUGCUGACUGCAAGCUAAACGAGGGCAAUAAUGACCAACAACCCGGCCUGUCAUUCUGCCAGGGGUGGCUCGCAUCUAGGUAUCUGGAAAUUGGCGCUGUUAUCUUUGGUGGUCUCGCCAUCUUUGCUUGGGGUUUGAUGAUUAGUGACCGUGCUAGAGGAUUAUCAACUGCUCCAGCUUACUGGUUGACCCUGUUUUACGUAUCAUUGCAAAUCAUUGUAAUGAAAAUCAUCAUCGAUCUCAAGGGAGACGACACAUUCUACUUUGGCGGAGCAUAUGGAAACAGCUUUAUAGCACUCCUAGGAAGCUGGAUUUUAGCUGUAAUCCUUCUCGUCAUCUUGACCGUCACCAUAGUAGUCCGACGUAGCAGCCAUUACGUCUACCAUCAAAUUUAA